GAUUCUUAACUGUUCCUGCUGUUGAUAGUGAAAUGGAUACUAGGAAUGACACGACAACAUCGAAACCCUAAUCAUUGUGGCGAUGGUAGCAAGUUCCUGGAUUUGAUGUCUUGGCUUGGAACAUUUUGUUCAAAACUUCCUGCAAGAUCUGAUUGAUGUUCAAAAUUCUGUUUAUAGAUUGAACAAUGGAAGGUCUACAGGAUGAUCAUCGAUUGCAUCAACUUGUCUUGUUUAAAACAGCAUAAUGAUGACCUGAUAUCUUGACAGCAAAUUCUGAAAUAUCUUAAUUAGCAUCAGGUUUGCUUCAUUUAUUGAUUAACCUGUAAGCUACUAGUGGUGUAUUAAUAAUAAAUUGUAGAAAACUAAUUGAUUCAAUUGGAAUUAAAUGUGAAGGAAGUAGCACUGAUCUGCAAUGAUUGUUGUCUCUGAGUGAUAAUCACCUUCCUUUCACACCCCUGGAAGUACAGUACAACUGAGCUGUCUCAACUCAAGAAAGCAACAGCCGCGUCAUCAAGCAUUUCUGACUGCACAAACUCUUUUCAAGAACAUGGAAGUGAACAAUAUUCUGUGGCUGCUAGCUGCCUUCCUAUGCCUUGUGACCUCUCAAGUGGAAAGUGGGUCAAAGUCAAAGGGCAGGGAUAGGUCAGUGGUCAAAGACGGGUCAAGCUCAAGAGGACAUCAAAGGCUAAGCUUCCUUCCGCCCGUCUCUGGGUCUUCAAAGAAACCCAACAUCAUCCUGAUCCUCACCGAUGAUCAGGAUGUUGUACUAGGUUCUAUGACAGCUAUGAACAAGACUCGUUUCCACCUUGGUAGCAGAGGGGCGGAGUUCACCAAUGCCUUUGUGACCACGCCCAUGUGCUGCCCCUCCCGGAGUAGCAUCUUGACCGGUCAGUACGUCCACAACCAUCAGGUGUUCUCAAACAUAGGGGAGUACUGUGGCUCGGACGAGUGGAGGAUGGGGCCGGAGAUGGCCAACUUUGGGACCUACUUGCAAGGGGCCAAUUAUAGAACAGGUUAGUUGGGUUUGGAAGGGACAGGACAGUGUAAACACUCAACAUGGAUAUUAUAAGAAAAGUUUGACUCGGUGGCAUCUGUUCAAUUUUGGACCGAUUGUUGAGCAACUUCAUUCGCUGACACAGAACAUUUUACUUUCAUAGAGAGAUAAGACAGAUAUACAUAUAGACAGAUAUCUAGAUAGAAGGCUCGUAAAGUCUAAAGAAAGAGAGAAAAAGAAUGAAAGAUAGAAAGAAAAAAAAGGAGAGACAAAGGGAAGGAAUGAAGGAAGGAAGGAAGGAAAAAAAAAUUAUGAAAGAAAAGGAAGAGAAAGGAAACUAAAAGAGAUCGUAAGGAAGGAAAUGAGGAAGGGGAAAUUAAUGAAAGACAAAAUGAUAAAUAGAAAGAAUGAAAAAUCAGAGAAAUAAAGACAAGAUUGAUUGAGUAAGUAAGGAAGCAAGAGAGUAGGAGAAGGAUGGAGGGAGAAGAAAAAAAAAGACAAAAGAAAGGAAAUUAAUGAUGAACAUUUUUUAAAAGUUACAAAGAAGGAUCAAAGU